AUGUCGGACCAAAAAGAUCAAACGAUUGACAUCACGGUCGAUUUUUCUGGCGGCCUCGAAAUUCUCUUCUCCAACCAGAAACAUCAUGCUCUCUCAGUACCAGCCCAGGACGCCCAAGGCAAGCCAGCAAACGUCGGCUUUCUCAUCAACUAUCUUUGUCAGACGCUCAUGACCGACCCACGCGCUGAUCUCUUUGUGCUUGGUGGUGAACUCCGCCCAGGUAUCUUGUGUCUAAUCAACGACAGUGACUGGGAGCUGGAAGAGGAAGAUGCCUAUGUGCUUCAGCCAGGAGACAAUAUCCUCUUUAUCUCUACGCUUCACGGUGGUUAG